UGGGUGGAUGGAUGUCUGAUAUAUUCGGAUACAUUCGUCAGAAUUUUUACAAUACCUGACGUCGCCAUCUUCUCUUGCUGUGCAUAAUUUUCCGAAAAUUCAUCGAAAAUGAGUCACACAAUUCUUCUAGUGCAGCCUAAUUCGAGACCAGACACAAGGACAUACAGUGACUAUGAGUCUCUUAAUGAAUGCCUUGAAGGCAUCUGUAAGAUCUAUGAGGAACAUUUGAAGAGACAGAAUCCAGAGUGCCCUAGUAUUACUUAUGACAUUAGUCAACUGUUUGAUUUCAUCGACCAGCUGAAUGACCUCAGCUGUUUAGUGUUUCAAAAGAAUCUCAGUACUUAUGUCCCACACAACAAAGACUGGUUAAAAGAGAAGAUAUAUAUAAUGCUUCGUAAACAAGCUGGACGAUAGGGAAAAAGAUAUUCUUUGUCAGUAAUUGAAUAUGUGUAGAUAAAAGGGGGACAUAACUCUGUUUUACAAACAUUUAAAAGCCUGUAGGAGGUCAAGAUUUUAUUGUUUCCGCAGAAAUAACAAAAGGAGCAAGAAAUAUAGGAUUCUUGUAUUUGUGAAACAGUCAAUUUGUGUUCCAAAGAAAAUAUUACUUUUUUUAAAAUGUUUGUGUAUAAAUAAAGAAUUAUUCAUAAGAAUAUUGAAAAAUAAGUAAACUGCAAAAAAAAAAAAUUAAUGAUAAACAACUGCUGAAAGUUCAGUUUAAUGAUACCACACUAAAUUACAAUUUUGAUUAGAAUCAAAACUUGUUAAUUAGAUUUAUGGGUAAAAAAAGAGUAGUUCAACGGAAGUACAAUGUAGUUCUACUUAAGAAUAUGCAAUUUUCUUUUCUUUGGAUAACAAAAUGGUAUUUACUAAGAAAAAGAGAAAUGUUCUUUAGUUUAGUUUUGUAUCAUAUGUUGCUUUAAGAUUAUUUAUGUUUGGAGAGGAGCGGAGCUCAUUUUGUAUUGUCAUUAAGGAAUUCCAUCUAUCUUUAGUAAAUUACCUUGUGUAAAUUUAACAAGUUCUGUCACUGAUCUUAUAAAUAUUUUAUUUGUUUUUUUUCUUUUGAUAUUUCGUCACAUUUGCCGUUUUGCAUAGUAACUUCAUUCAUUGACUGAUGUGUGAUUUCUUCAUAGAUUGACAGCAGAUGUGUAUAUAAAGCUUUAUAAACAUCAUGAUUAUCCAAUGAAAAGUGACGUUACAAACAUGCAGUAUUAUAAUGACUGAUGUAUAAGAUAUUUGCUAUAUGAGUAGCCUCCUUGGACUUCUACCCUUGGAUGGGGUUUUAUGUUGAAUUGGUCAAGGUCACUGAGACUAAAUACUGAUUUUUCUUACAUAUAUAUGAUUAAAUACCACUGUCAAAGCAACGUUGUGGAGCAUAUAUUGGUUUUACUGAUAUUCUUGGUUUCUAUUUAGUUUCUGGUUAUGAUAAUUCUCCUCUAAGACACAAUAAGUGACUAAAUUUGCUGAAUUUACACAAGGUUAAAAUUUUUAAAAAGGUUUUGGUACUUAAAGGUGAUUAUUACUGUAUCUAAUGUUAAUUUUAUUUUCCUUGUAUACAAUAUAAAUCUAUUGUUCAUUGUUUGAUUUUUGUAUUUUUUCAUUUCACUGUUCUAAUGCUUUUUCUACCAUAGUCGUUAUAUUUGUGUCUGCACCAUUGAGCAGUGAUUUAUGUACAGUACUCAGCAGUGUUUUUGAAAUAGUCUCAAAAACAACCCAAGUGAUAUUUCUCACUUACUUGAAAAGAUGCCUUACGUUUGUAGCCUCUUGAUUUUGGGAAAAAUUAUUGCUAAAAUUGCUAAUUUGGAAAGAAAAAAGCUGCUGUAAGUUCAGAUUUUUGGGAAAACUGCAUGAUUUUAAAGAAAAUUACAAUUGAGAAGAAGCCUUUUAUAGGCCUUAAUUAACUGAGGGGAAAAACACUGCUGAACCGAGAAAUAAUUUAAGCAGGAUUUUGUAAAGCAAAAUUUGUAGAAGUGGCUUUUAAUUAGCUGAUAUUAAAGUGAUAAGGGAUGAUUUUUUUCUUCUUUCUGAUUAUCACUUAUAAACAAAAAUAAGGACUAAAUUUUUGUUGAGUAUACUCUAUGGUAGGGAAAGCAUUCAGCAUGCAUUUAUAUGAUUUUCUUUCUGCACAUAGGCAGCUAUGAAAGGGAUUCUUACUUGUUUAUUUUAGUUUGUGCAGAAUUUCUAGUUUUAGUUUGUUGUAUUUUAAUGCCAUAUAAUUAAUGAGAUACAUAACAUAUAUACUUAUAUUAGAUAUAAAACACUAAGUUUUGAGAUAUAUAGAAAUUGUACUUUAAUAAUUGAGUAAAAAUGGCCCCGAUCUGAUUUGUCAUAUUCAUAUUGUCUUCUAUAUAAAGAUGCUUGUCUAAAGCUAAAAAUAGAUGGUGAAAUUAACAUCUAUGACAUCAGCUCAGUGAUUGGUUGAUUAGUUUUUGACAUAGCCUAAUCAGUCUAGAACUUUUUUGUAACCAAUUUUUUUUAUCAUAGAGGUUGUACUUGUUUUUCAUUGUGUACAUGUAUAUGACUUAAAAGACGAGUAGUUCUGAUGAAAAUUUACGGUGUGGCUAUACUAUGUGACGCAUGACAUCAUUUGUAAGGUUUCAAAUGCAGGAAAAUGCUUGCUAACUUAACAAACUCAUAUUGUUUGCUUGCAUAUUAGGAAAAAUAUUAUAACGACCACUAUUUAAAGUGACGUAGAAUAUACUUUAUUCCGUUUACAAUUGAGAAAGAUGUGAAAUCUAUGCAAUGACUUUACCACAGAAUUGUGACAAUUUAUGCUGCGAGUGAUGACAUGAAAAAUGAGGUCACAUAACACAUGGUAUUGUCACAACUUUAUUUCAUUAUGUGUAAAAUGUGCCUUUUUUGAAUGACCCAAUAAUAAACACAUCAGUUGGUAAUGGCAAUGAUUCUAGGCAUAUACCAGUAGCAUGGAGUCGAUCAAAUUGCUUUUAUAUUCAGUCAGUGCAAGCUGUACAUUGUGGCCACUCAUCUAAAUUAUUUUUAUAAUGAAUUUCCUAUAAAGAAUAAUGUAUCCAAAUUCAAAGCAAGAAAAGUCCAUUGCACAAAUAUUACGGGGUGUAUGGGUUAUGAUAUUUUGGCUUGAUAAACAAAUUUAACAAAAAUUGCAAUUUUUUUUCUCAUUGAAAGGUUUUCUUUAUUACUGUAUUUGAUUAUGGGAGUAUGUGAGUUAUUUCAUUAUUUUGACUUACUGAGCAUUAUUUUGUGAUGUCAUCAUAAUUAUUAUGUCAUAGAACAUGUGAAAAUGUGAAAAUUUUGAUAGUUGUGGUGAAAAUGUAUGUUUAAGUUAAAUAAUAUCCUUCCAUAUUUCAUAAAUCACUGUUUCAUAUUAAUCAAUGUACAUCGUGGAGACUGACUAAUCAUUGUGUAAUAUAUUAUAAUGUAAGAAGAAUUUUUCGGCAUUUUCAAAUAAAAAUGUGUAUAGUUUAUAUCUA